AUGUGCCAAUGCGAAUUGUGCAACUUGUUGCUCCUCAUUCUCUCGACUACAGCAAUUGUGCUUGCCGAAGGGAUUGAGUCGAGCUAUUUGAAUCGAUAUGCUUCAGUGCCUGCACCGAGAUUGGAAUGCGGCUCGGAUGGCAUACGAUUGCACGUAACUCCGUCGGGACCAUUUGGAGGGCACGUAUAUGUUCGAGGGUUCUUCCCACAAACUGUCUGCCAUUUGGAUUAUUGCACCCAAUUCACCUCAUCGCCAUUCACAAUGGAAUUGCCAUUUCGCGGACCGUGUAAUGUGCGCCGUCGUCGCAAUGUUUCGCCGCCGUCAAUCUCCUACGAUGUAACAGUCAUCAUACAACACCAUCCGCUGUUUGUCACAUCAUACGACAAGGCGUACCGUUUGAAUUGCAUCUAUAAACAGCGAGACGCAUUGGUCCAACAGAAAUUGAACGUCUCGGAUAUCAAUCCAAUUCAAAUCGAAAAUAAGAGUACGCCGCGUUGUCGAUAUGAUGUGCUCUCCGGCUCACUUCAUGGUCCAAUCAUUAAAUUUGCAAAUGUUGGGGAUACGGUGGUCCAUAAAUGGAGCUGUGAUUCUGGAGACAUGUUCGGUUUUUUGGUUCACUCGUGUUCGGUUCGAGACCAGGCAGGAAGCGAUUUUCAAUUUGUCGAUGAACGAGGGUGUGUUACCGACAAAAGCCUUUUUCCGGAAAUCACUUACAGUCCCGAUAUGAACAGCGCGUUCACUAUUAUCAAAGCUUUUCGAUACGCUGAUCAAGUAAUGGUUCAUUUCUCUUGUCAGAUCACCGUUUGCAAGAAAAGUGAGCAGGGAUGUGAAGGGAUUACGCCGCCCGUUUGCCGCCCUUUGGAUUUUGGACCUAUUCGAGUUCAGUAUCCAAAUGAUAAGAAUCGGCAAGAGAAUAGUUCCGAAAGGGGGAGAAAUGAGUUUCCAACGGCUCCUCCUACACUUCCUCCGAGGAAUAGCCAAUAUCAGACCGCAAGGCCGUCGACAUCAUCUCCUUUAUCUUCUUCCACUACUACCACUACUUCCACUACUUCCGCUAUUCCAACUACUCAAAAAUUUUCAGACGUGGAAAAGAUUUCUGGUUCCAGCAAAUUCAGCUCUCCAAAUUCUUAUGAUUUUCCUAAUUUCUUACCUGAAACGAAUCCGGGAGAUUUGGAUGCAACCGUCGGAAUCAAAGUGACACCAGCCGAUACCAAUAACUAUGGUUUGGAAAUUAGCAACGUGGAUGAUAACACGUCAACAACCAAACGCAGUCUUCAGCCGAUAAUAGGAGAACCAGAAAAGAAUGGAUUCCGAACAGAAGUUUUAUCGCAAACAAUGGAUAAUGUUGAGCCAUUUCCGUUCCCUAAAAAGGCAGAAAUAUUCCAAGCAAGUCGUGCUCAUCGAUCACGAAGAAAAACGCGAAAUGAGCCGAAUAUAACAUUGGAAGUCGAAUCAACUCAGGUUUUGCUUCUUGGUAAUGACGAGAUCGGCGCGAAUUUCAAUGAACCUGAACGGCAACAAAGCGUCUUCAAAAAUCCCGUCAAAUGCAACGCGGAAAUUGGAAAAACGUUUGCGAUGUCAACGUUGAUCGUCAUGCAGAUUUUCUCAAUAUUCGUAAUUGUUCUUCAACGAUAUCUCUACCAAAAGUCAAUUGAUAAGCUCAUGUGA